AUGGCUAUCAGCUUAUCUGACGAAGAAGACGAUAUUCCUUUGUCGGAGAAAAAGGCUCCCAAAAAACCAACUAGGAAACGUGCAACCAAAAAGAAAAAGGAACCCAAAGUUAAAGUUCCCUAUUUCACUAGAAUGACCAAUAAAUUAUAUGAACACCAUCCGCACUUGAAGGAUGUUUUCCCAUAUCUUCAGUCUCUUGAUAAGGUAAAAGUCGAACGUGCUUCCCAACCGCCAGGGAUGAAACUUAAACUUUUGCCAUUUCAACUUGAAGGAUUAAAUUGGUUAAUGAAACAGGAAGAUGGCGAGUUUGAGUCUGGGGUUUUGGCCGAUGAAAUGGGUAUGGGCAAAACUAUUCAGGUAAUUGCAUUACUCAUGUCAGAUUUAACCAAAAGACCAAACUUGGUUGUUGGACCAACGGUUGCAUUAAUGCAAUGGAAGCAUGAAAUUGAAAAUCAUACUGAACCAGGAAGUUUGAAAGUAUUAUUAUUCCAUGGUGCUAACAGAUCAAGUGACGUUGAAGAACUCAGUAAGUAUGACGUUAUAUUAACUUCUUAUUCUGUGAUGGAAUCGGUUUAUAGAAAAGAACAUUACGGAUUUAAAAGAAAAGCAGGUCUUAUCAAAGAAAAGUCUGCAUUACAUCAUAUUAAAUUUUACCGUGUUAUUUUAGAUGAAGCUCAUAAUAUUAAGGACCGUACUUCGGGUACUGCUAAAGCAGCAAAUAACCUUCAAUGUGAAAAGAGAUUAUGCUUAACUGGUACUCCCUUACAAAAUAGAAUUGGUGAAAUGUACUCGUUAAUUCGUUUUUUGAAGUUAGAUCCCUUUUAUAAAUAUUUUUGUACUAAAUGUGAUUGCAGUAAUCACGAAUGGGCAUUUUCAGAUUGGAGGCAUUGUGAUAUUUGUAAUCAUGCUCCAAUGGUUCAUACAAAUUUUUUCAAUCACUUUAUGUUGAAAAACAUUCAAAAACAUGGUAUUGAAGGUGAUGGUUUGACAAGUUUUCAACAUAUCAGAUUAUUAUUGAAACAUGUAAUGUUAAGAAGAACUAAAAUAGAAAGAGCAGAUGACUUAGGAUUACCUCCAAGAGUGGUUGAAAUCAGAAGAGACGUUUUCAAUGAAGAAGAAAGAGAUCUAUACACCUCCCUAUAUAGUGACUCUAAAAGAAAGUUUAAUGAUUACGUUGCUGAAGGGGUCGUUUUGAAUAACUAUGCUAACAUUUUCACUUUAAUCACUAGAAUGAGACAGUUGGCUGACCACCCGGACUUGGUUUUGAAAAGAGUUGGUAGUAAUGCCUUAUCAAAUGAGGUUGAAGGUGUUAUAAUAUGUCAAUUAUGCGACGAUGAAGCGGAAGAACCUAUCGAAUCGAAAUGUCACCAUAAGUUUUGUCGUAUGUGCAUUCAAGAAUAUACUGAGAGUUUUAUGGGUGAAGAGAAAAACUUGAGUUGUCCUGUUUGUCACAUUGGAUUAUCGAUUGACUUACAGCAACCAGCUUUGGAAGUAGACGAAGAGCUUUUCACCAAGGCCUCUAUUGUUAACAGAAUUAAACUGGGGACUCAUGGUAAUCAAUGGAGAUCGUCUACAAAAAUUGAAGCAUUGGUUGAAGAGCUUUACAAACUCAGAUCCGAUCGCCAUACCAUAAAAUCUAUUGUGUUUUCCCAGUUCACUUCAAUGUUAGAUCUAAUCGAGUGGAGACUCAAAAGAGCAGGAUUUCAAACCGUCAAAUUAUCAGGUUCCAUGUCCCCGCAGCAACGUGAUAAUACCAUCAAGUAUUUCAUGGAAAACACUCAGGUGGAAAUCUUCUUGGUUUCCUUGAAAGCCGGUGGUGUUGCUUUAAAUUUAUGUGAAGCAUCUCAAGUUUUCCUCAUGGACCCUUGGUGGAAUCCUAGUGUUGAAUGGCAAUCAAUGGAUAGAGUUCAUCGUAUCGGCCAAAAACGUCCAAUUAAAAUCACCAGAUUCUGUAUCGAGGAUAGUAUCGAACUGAAGAUCAUUGAGUUGCAAGAGAAAAAGGCUAAUAUGAUUAAUGCUACCAUCAAUCACGAUGAUGCUGCCGUUAAUAGAUUGACCCCUGACGAUUUACAAUUUUUAUUUAUGAACUAG